UAAUAAAAAUAUUAGUUUAUGGAUUAUCACGUUAUAUUUACAUAAGGAUUUAUUAUUAUGAUGCAUAGCAUUAAAAGAUUUUAAAAAAUAUAAAUGGAAUAGCACUGGCACAUAAGUAGCAUUUUUUUUAUCGUUUCCAUGGCACAUUUUCUGUGUCAGACAUAAUUUGAUGACAAAGCUCUAAAUGGUAUUGUGGCAAUUUUAUAGAAAUAAAUAAACAAUGGCAAACGAAGCAGAGGAAACAGUUCGCAAGUUAUCUCUUCAUAAGGGAGUAGCUGGAGUCAUAGUUGUGAAUGGUGAAGGUAUACCAAUUAAAACGACUCUCGAGAAUCACGUAUCAGUCCAAUACGCGGGUCUACUAUCAGCUUUAGUGGACAAAGCGAAGGCCGUUGUUCGAGACUUGGACCCCACUAACGACCUGACAUUCUUGAGGAUCAGAAGCAAAAAGAGUGAGGUUAUGGUGGCUCCGGACAAAGACUUUAUAUUGAUAGUUGUGCAAAACCCUGUUGAAUGACGAAUACUUAUUUGUAUUAAACCUCAUAUUCAUUGAAUUAGCUGAAUAGCGAAAGGGCUCGAGAGUCUUGCGUCUGUCUCUCACAAAACGAAUGUCAUUUAUCGCGGCUGAGAUUUCAAUGGAGUUGCAUCCAUCGUGGUCGCUUUUGUAAGUGCCGUUACUUGAGACGAGUACGCUUUAAAUAGCUUAGAGAGAGAUGGAGAUAGCGUUUACUUUGGUGACUGUUCUAAUAGUAGCUCUUAGCGAAAAAGAACUGCCUACUACUGACUUCGCCAACGUAAAUUCUAACGCAGCGUAAAAAUUACGCUCGUCGAAACGGCCCCUAAAACAUAUAAUUGGUCAUUCCUACGAGCGUUUUAAACACAUUAUAUUACAAUCCGUCAUACCCAAAUAAAUUCUAUUUUAUAAAGUCUUCUUUGAAAAAUUGUACUAAUAGCCGCUGCAUUCGAAACGCUCAUAGGACCAAUUACCUUCGCUACUCGUCAGCUUUUGAUGAAUAUUAGGCUUUUUACAACAUGUUUAGGAUUAGACAUUAUAUAUAGUUACCUAUUUUAAAUGUACUUAGAUUAUAU